UUCUUUUGUGUCAGAAGGCAGUUGAUAAAAGCCGCCACAGCUGCCCUGAUAACAGCGCUGUCUGUCUGGAUCCCACUACCCCUGGCUACGUGGUGGUGGGAAGCAGUUCUUUCUGGCAGCCCGGAGUCGCCUAGCGGCUCAGGAGGCGCCAGUCUUUUUCUUCUGCAGGGCUGAGGGGCCAAAAGGCAGAAUCCAUCGCUGUAGACAUCGUAACAGCUGGGGGCCAUCAGUGGAUAGCAGCAGCCCAUCGAAGAGGAAUCUGAACUUGAAUUCGGUGAAGCUGAUCAUAGAGCUGGGUAGGCCGACGGUGUCUCGAGUCUUGAUAUUCUGAGCGCCAGGAUCCGCGACCGGGUGGACGGAGGCCUACCUUACCCUGGAGACGAGCUUUCUCACUGGAGGAUACAGGUUGCAGAGACUGGAAAUAAAGACGCACUCCACUUCCCAGCUAGUCCCCCACUGAGAUCUGAGCCCGCUGCACGACUGAAGAUUACAAGUUUCUUCUAAAACACCCUGAGCAUCUUGUAUUAAGAUAGCCUAGCCUGUCAGUCAUGGCUAGCAUCCUUGCACGUAUGGCUAACAGCCGGGGGCAGAAUGCAGCUUUGCCACCUUGGGCCCAUUCCCUGCUGAGGUCCCUGGGGAGAAGUCUUGGUCCUUUAAUGGCCAACCUGGCAGAGAGAAACAUGAGGGUGUUCUCUGGGAGGGCGGUGCCAGCUCAGGGCGAAGAAACCUUUGAAAACUGGCUGAUCCAGGUCAAUGGGGUCCUGCCAGAUUGGCAUAUGUCUGAGGAGGAAAAGCUCAAGCGCCUAAUGAAAACCCUUAGGGGCCCUGCCCUGGAGGUUAUGCGCUUGCUCCAAGCUGCCAAUCCCAGCCUAAAUGUCGCAGAUUUUUUGCGGGCGAUGAAACUGGUCUUUGGGGAGUCUGAGAGCAGUGUGACUGCCCAUGGUAAAUUUUUUAACACUGUGCAGGCACCGGGAGAGAAACCGUGGCUGUAUGUGAUUCGUUUAGAGGUGCAGCUGCGGAAUGCUAUUCAGGCAGGGGUCCUUGCUGAGAAAGAGGCUAAUAGGACUCGCCUGCACCAGCUCCUUGUAGGGGCUGAGCUAAAUAGAGACCUGCGCUACAGGCUUAAGAGUCUUCUCAGGAUGUAUGCAAAUGAGCAGGAACGCCUUCCUGAUUUUCUGGAGUUAAUCAGGAUGAUAAGGGAGGAAGAGGAUUGGGAUGACAGUUUUAUUAGAAGGAAGCAGUUCAGAAGAUCUGAAUCAAUAAUGGAGAGGGCACUCAGUCCUAUGACAUUUCACAGCUCCCCAGUAGUGCUCAGCAGUGCUGACUGCAAUGUGAUAGAGAUAGAUGACUCUCCUGAUGACUCAGAUGAGGAUGUGAUCCUGGUGGAGUCUGAGGACCCUCCACUGUCAUCCUCAAGUGCCCCUGUCUUCCUAGGCAGGGCCACAUCUCGAGACCAAGUACUGGUCAUUGAGCCCCCCAGCAUUUCUGAUGUUCAGUCUCCUUCCACCAGCGGUGGUUCUGGGCGUAAGGACAGUAACCCUGGGGGUCUACGUAGGACCAGGAAGCGAAAACACACAAUCCGCUGUGCCCAUUGUGGUGAGGAGGGCCACUCAAAAGAAACCUGUGACACUGAGAAUAACAAAGCCCAGGUUUUUGAGAAUCUGAUUAUUACCCUGCAGGAGCUGACACAUCCGGGGGAGGAGGGGUCAAAUGAGGCCACUGGAGAACCCUAUGACCCCUCUGAGCUACAUUAAGACGCUAGCGCCUGGCCUUAAGUGAACCCUUAUCAGUAGUCAGGGUUCAAUGAUGGGAAAAUUGGGGAGACAGACUUCUAAGUGCAUGAAUGACUCCACAAAGCAGCUUUCUUUUGGGGUGAGGAAGGGGUCUUGCAUACCAACCAGCACAGUGGAGAGAAAUGGCCUGAGUUUAUUUUCUGUGUGGACCUAUUUCCUUGAUGGCUUUAUUCUCUUUGUGAAAGUGUUACUGUUCAACUGUCUAGUAAUAAAGAAAAUUACAAAAAAAGAAGUACAAAUUACCCUGAACACUCCACCCUGUGUAUCAAUUGUCAGUCCUCAGCCCUUUGGUGAAUAUUCUUUAAUAUUUCUCUAUAUCUGUGUCCCCAGAUAGAUGAUACAUGUAUAGGUAAAAGUGAUAAAACUGUGUUGUUCUAUAUGCUGUAUUUUUCACCAAAAAAGUAUGUUGUGGCCUUCUUUGUCAGUAAAUAAAUACAUAUGUAUCAGGAUCUA